AAAGAGCUCAAAUCCUAAAGUAUUGCAAUGCCUGGCCGGUUGGGCUGCUGUCAUGUCACAGGAGCUGUGCUGAGCAGAGCAGCUACAGCUCCUCAGGAGAGGAAUUAAACUCGACUACCUGCAGAGGCCCAGGAAGCGAGUCAUAAGAACACAUAGUUAGACUUAAAAAAGGUUGUAAAGGGUGAGAUGGAUUCCAAUGUAACAGAGCCGGAGAGCUUCUGGGAGAUGGACUCGACGUGGACCACCACUGUGCUCCUGGUGCCCUGCGUGAUCCUGCUAACUGCUGGAUUUUUCUACCUCUAUGGUGUAAUCAUGGGACUGUUGUCCAAAAAGUCUGUACGCAACAAGGUGGUGGUUAUAACUGAUGCUUUAUCUGGGCUUGGAAAAGAGUGUGCAGGCGUGUUUCACAAAGGAGGCGCGAGGCUGAUCCUCUGCGGGAAGAACUGGGAGAAACUCGAAGAACUCGCUGAUGAUUUGGCAAAUUCUUCGGAUCCAACAGUGACGUUUCCUCCUAAGUUGGUGCUGCUGGAUUUUGGAGAUACGGACAGCAUGCCUGAGGCAAUCGCAGAGAUCCUGGACUGUUAUGGGUGCCUGGAUAUUAUUAUCUUUAACAGCAGCAUGAAGGUGAAAGCUCCAGCACAGACUGUGUCUCUGGAGGUGGACAAACUGCUGAUGGACAACAACUACUUUGGGCCCGUCACUCUGGCUAAAGGUGUGCUGGCCUCCAUGAUCUCCAGGAGAAGUGGUCACCUGCUGCUGGUUAACAGCAUCCAAGGGAGACUAGCUGUGCCUUUUCGCAGCACCUGUGAGUUUUUAAAUUCCCUUUUUCAUGAAACAUCAGAUAACUUCACCACCUCCAAAUCCCUGUGGUCGUUGUUGUACACUAAGAAGCCCCUCGGCGUUUCUCCUGAUGAAGCCGCCGCGGAGAUUGUGAAGACUUUAAACAAUAAGAGGAAAGAGGUGGUGAUUGCUCCCUCGCUCCCUAAGAUGGCCAUUUACGCCAGGUCCUUUUUCCCAAAUGUGUUCUUUGCUGUGAUUGGUGCAGGGGUGAAGAACGCCGCCAUCGCCGCUGAGAUGUAGAUACUGCCUCAGCACCGGGAUGAUGGGACACAUGACAUGAGGUUUUUAACAAAUCAGUGGAAGUCAAAGAUUUUUUUAAUGAUCAUUUGAUGUUCGUGCGCAUGGCGCAUCAGUUCCAGAUUUAAUCCACAUCACAUUAUCUGUUGCUGUUGGUUUAAUUGAAUUGUGGGAAAAUCAGCGAUAUGAUUUUCAUGAAUCAUGAGGCUGCCACACAGAGUGGGGGCUAACAGGGGUCCAACAACAAAGGUUUGCCUCUGAGCUCCUAAGUGGGUAAAUCCAGCCUGUGGAUUAGUGUUUUGUCUUAUACUCAGAUUUGCGUGUAAAAUAUUGAUUUUCUUCAUUUUAAUAAACAGAGUUUCCUUAAAACUCAACAAUCAGGAAUUUUUUAUUGUAUUUAAACUAUAAUCAAAGUAUUAACUAUGAAAUAUUAUUAAAAUAUGAACUAUUUACUCAUUAUUCAUUCAUCAUGAAAUGUGUCAUUUACUGUAUGAGUCAUGGUUUGAAGUGUAAUAAUUACUUUCACUACUGCCACUGAAAAUAAACUGUACAAAUAACAAGCUUG